AUGAGCCAAAGAGGGCGAGCUAAGCUCAACCAAUACAGUAAAGGAGUCUCUCACUCCUCAAGGCUAAGUAGGACGGUUAACGACUUCUCCCAAGCUAGUACCCUCAACGAUACUCUUCACAUUCAGCAAACUCACUCAAUGGAUAAUUACAUGUACCCAAAGAAACCACCAGAGGUCUCACAAUAUAUCGCAGAGCGCUAUGGAAUGUCGUGGGCUGACAGCGAAGGCAAGAUGCGUAGAUCGCUGACUACACUAAUAGCACGCUCUCAAUCAUCUCAUGAGGGACUUCUGGAACUUGACGCCGAACUGAAGACGCUUGCUAAUAAGGUGAAUAGCUACGCUUCAUCUUCCUUAGAUCAGCCCGAUACCAGCAAACGAGCAUGCCUUCUAUUAGAACAGGUUAUAGAAAUGAAAGCAGAGUUCUAUGAAAGACUUGACAGCGCGCUCAAUCAACUUAGCAAGUUAUCUACUGCUCAUAGCAACACCCUUCAAGUGCUAGACGCAGAAAAACAACGCGUAGAAGCUCUCACUAAAGAGGUGGACCAGCUUCGUGUAGACUACAGUAUGUGCAGAGAUGCCAAUGCAGCUCAAGCAGCAAGUCUCACUGAUACUCAAAUGAAAUUGCUCGAGACGUCCUCAUUUCUGGAAACCGCGAAGAAGAAUAUCACAGUCCUUAAUGAUGAGAAUUCCCAGCUCAGAGACUCCCUUCAAUUCACAAAUCAUGAACUGGCAGACAUCAAAACUGUACACCGUAGCCAAACUGAAUCCUUCGAAGCGCUUCUUGAGCGAUCCUCUGCCCGCGAGCAAACCCUUCUAAAAGAACUAGAUGAACUUCAACGUGCCUACACAGAAGAAAAGGAUCUAUAUGCAACGAGAGUUGAGCGUAUACAUUACUUGUCUUCUGAGAUAAGUUCUCUUCAGAAACAAGUUUCUAAGCAACGGGGACAUGCUAAAAUAUACAAAAUCAAGACAGGACAGCUCCGCAGAAUAGCAAGGGAAUUAAAGGUAAUGAUACGGAACAACACAGCUAUGAGUGCACAGGAUACUGAUCUUCUAACACAAAAGGAUGCACAAAUAGCAGCAAUGAUGAAAAAGCUAGAAGAGUAUAGAGCACGAGCCAAAAGAGCUUCCAGCCAUGAGUGUAAGCUCGCUAGUCAAAGAAGUGAAAUAGAGAGAUUAUCUACGUAUGUGGCUACCUUAGAACAGGAUUUAGAUCGCUAUAAAGCCAGAAGACUCAAGUUUAGUGCACCCACAAAGGUUAUGACAGCAUCGAAAGAUGGGAAAUCAAUGCAUUUGAGCAUAUCAGAUGAUGGGCCUCGGUCUGAGGGGUUCUUUGCCAGUACACGAAGCUACUGUGCGGUACUUUAG